ACAACAAUGCUGGGUGCUUCGUUGAUCCCGGCGCGCUGGAGAGGCUUCUACAGCCCCCAGGACCCGGCCAAACCAGGGCCCUACAGCAAGCAUGUCACGCCUCUGUUGCAGAGCAUCACUCGCAGAACUUGCACCCACCCUAUCCACUCGAUUGUCUUUUGCGCCUUGAUCGCCAGCACCACCUACAUUGGUCUCCUCGAGACUGGCCUGUUUGAGCCCUCCACAAAGUUCAGCAACAACCAAGUCGAUGUCUCUGCUCUUUCUCAGGGAAGCCGUACCUUGAGUGUCGGUCCCGAGACUGCCUGGGAGUGGCAACCAGAAGCUGUCUCCAACCACGCAGAAGCAGAGGUUCGUCUAGGCACUUUUUGCUCGCCCCUGAAGUCUACUAACUUUUUGGCANNGCACCUCUCCCUGAUCACCCUCGCCUUCGCAGACUCGUACGCCGAUGCUCCCUCAGUCGUCAUUCCCAAUGACAGCAAGGCCGAGCUGCUUCCUUCUUCAGCCAGCCGCCUGUCUCUGACUCAAGACUCGACACUUGCCUUCUCGCUUCCUUCCGACGAGACUCCUGCCUUUUUGGCCUCAAUCAAGGAGAUCUCAGCUCAAGAAACCGCCGAGGACGACGAUGAGCAAAAGAGAUGGAUCAUGAGAGCAGCAAGAGGUUCGGCGCGUCGUUUCUCUCUGCGUGAAUGGGUCCGCAACUCGUGGAUUGCCUUCACCGACUUGAUCCGUAAUGCCGAAACUCUCGACAUCAUCAUCAUGGCUCUCGGAUACCUCUCGAUGCAUCUGACUUUUGCCUCGCUCUUCGUCUCGAUGCGUCGCAUGGGCUCUAAUGCUUGGCUGGCAACCAGUGUGCUCUUCUCGUCAGCCUUUGCACUGCUUUUUGGUCUCGUUGUUACCAUGAAGCUGGGUGUUCCUGUCAAUGUUGUCCUGCUCUCGGAAGGCUUGCCUUUCUUGGUUGUCACGGUAGGAUUCGAGAAGCCCAUCAUCUUGACCCAGGCGGUGCUUUCGGCUGCUCUCAAUCCCCCUAGACGCGAGAACAGCGACCAGGCUCCUUUGACCAUCCAGAACGCCGUGCAAACAGCUGUUCACGAGCGUGGCUGGGGCAUCGUGCGUGACUACAUGGUCGAGAUUACUCUGCUGAUCGCCGGUGCCAUGUCGGGUAUCCANGGGGGUCUCCGCCAAUUCUGUUUCUUGGCUGCAUGGGUCUUGUUCUUCGACUGCAUUCUGCUUUUCACUUUCUACACGGCUGUCCUUACCAUCAAGCUCGAAGUCAACCGCAUCAAGCGCCAUGUCGCCCUGCGCAAGGCUCUCGAGGAAGAUGGCGUUAGCCGCACUGUCGCCGAGAGCGUCGCUUCCAGCAACGACGGCCUGAAGCCUGACGCUGUGAACGGCGAGACCUCAAUCUUUGGACGCAAGGUCCGCGACAGCAGCAUUCCCAGAUUCAAGGUCCUGAUGGUCUCUGGUUUCAUCAUCAUCAACGUCCUCAACUUCUGCACUAUUCCCUUCCGUACCGGCGCCGCCAACAACUCUCCCUCGCUGUCUAGCUCUAUGGACCCUUUCAAGGUUGCUGGAAACGCCCUCGACCACAUCUUGGCUCAGGCGAAGAUCCGCAACCAAUCGACCGCCGUCACCGUUCUGUCUCCCAUCAAGUACGAGCUUCAGUAUCCUUCUGUUCAUUAUUCUUCCGACAGACCUGAAUGGUCUCUCUUUGACGGCCCUUAUGCCGACGGUAUUUUUUCCAGCAUGGGUGGAAGAGUUGUCGAAGGCGUUCUCAAGAGCUUCGAAGACCCCGUUCUGAGCAAGUGGAUCAUUAUUGCCCUCGCCAUGAGCUUGGUUCUCAACGGCUACCUGUUCAAUGCUGCUCGCUGGAGUAUCAAAGAGCCUGGCCACAGUGAAUCUGCUGCUCGUGAGGCUGCACCCAAGGCUGCUCCCUUGCCUCCUGUCGCCGAGUAUGAUCCCAAUAUGAACAUUGAUGCUGCAGGUCUUGAGAAUGGGCAUGCCGCCAACGGUGCAGUUCAGAAACGCUCCAAGGAAGAAUGUGAACUCCUGCUUGCCGAGAAGAAAACUUCCGAGUUGAACGAUGAAGAACUCACAGAACUGUCCCUUCGUGGCAAGAUCCCUGGUUACGCCCUCGAGAAGACCCUGGGUGACAAGACUCGCGCUGUCAAGAUUCGUCGCUCUCUUAUUUCUCGCACUCCCGCAACCAAGCACGUCACCGCUGAUUUGGAACGUUCCAAGUUGCCUUACCUGAGCUACGACUACGACCGCGUCUUUGGCGCUUGCUGUGAGAAUGUCGUUGGUUACAUGCCUCUCCCUCUUGGUGUUGCCGGUCCCAUUGAUAUCGAUGGCCGCAGCUAUUAUCUUCCCAUGGCUACUACUGAAGGUGUGCUUGUCGCAAGUACCAGCAGAGGUGCAAAGGCUAUCAAUGCUGGCGGUGGUGCCGUCACUGUUCUCACUGGUGAUGGUAUGACCCGUGGACCUUGUGUUGGUNNUUUCGAAACUCUUGCGCGUGCCGCCCAAGCAAAGGUGUGGCUGGACUCCGAAGCUGGCGAGAAGACCAUGAAGGACGCUUUCAAUUCGACGUCCAGAUUUGCCAGACUGCAACAUCUCAAGGCCGCCCUCGCAGGCACAUAUCUUUACAUCCGUUUCAAGACAACCACUGGUGACGCCAUGGGUAUGAACAUGAUUUCGAAGGGUGUUGAGCAGGCACUUAGUGUCAUGAAGGAUAGUGGUUUCGAAGACAUGGCUGUUAUUUCCGUCUCGGGCAACUACUGUACUGACAAGAAGCCUGCCGCUAUCAACUGGAUUGAUGGACGUGGUAAGAGUGUUGUUGCCGAGGCCAUCAUUCCUGGUGACGUCGUCCGUUCCGUUCUCAAGAGUGACGUUGAUGCUCUUGUCGAGCUCAACAUCUCCAAGAACCUGAUCGGUAGUGCUAUGGCAGGAAGCAUUGGUGGUUUCAACGCACACGCUGCCAACAUUGUCACUGCAAUCUUCCUCGCCACUGGCCAAGAUCCCGCUCAGAACGUCGAGAGCAGUAAUUGUAUCACUGUCAUGAAGAAUCUUCAUGGCAACCUUCAGAUCUCGGUUUCUAUGCCUUGUAUCGAGGUUGGUACCAUCGGUGGUGGUACAGUUCUCGAGCCACAGGCGGCCAUGCUCGAUCUGCUCGGCGUCCGUGGUGCUCACCCUACAAGUCCUGGCAACAACGCUCGCCAGCUCGCGCGUAUUGUCGCUGCUGGUGUCCUUGCUGGUGAGCUGUCUCUCUGUGCAGCACUUGCUGCAGGUCACCUUAGCUCACAUGGCACACAACCGUUCGGCGGCACCUUCAGCCGCACCCAGCAGAGUGCAAAGCCCUAG